AAAACAGGAUGGUCUUUCAGGUGAUGGCGUCCAAGCGGAUCUUGAAGGAGCUCAAGGAUCUCCAGAAAGAUCCUCCUACCUCUUGCAGCGCUGGCCCAGUUGCAGAAGACAUGUUUCACUGGCAGGCGACAAUCAUGGGUCCUGCAGACGGUCCCUACGCAGGUGGAGUGUUUCUUGUCACCAUACACUUUCCUCCAGACUAUCCUUUUAAGCCACCAAAGGUUGCAUUCAGGACAAAGGUGUUUCACCCAAACAUUAAUAGCAAUGGCAGCAUUUGCCUUGACAUUUUGAAGGAACAGUGGAGUCCUGCGCUGACCAUAUCGAAGGUAUUGCUUUCGAUUUGCUCCCUGUUGACAGACCCAAAUCCUGAUGAUCCUUUGGUGCCAGAGAUUGCCCAUAUGUACAAGACCGACAAGAACAAGUAUGAGACCACUGCAAGGAGCUGGACCCAGAAGUACGCCAUGGGCUAGUGUGCUGCUAGGACUCUGUGAGGACGGCAUCUUUCCCUUUGGCAUUGAUCUUUUGAUUAGACGUAUGAAUGGUAUUGUUGUGAUCUGUUCUUCACAUAAAUGGA